AUGGCGUGGAUGAACAAGAAUGAUGGGUCGAGGAAGCAGGUGUCAAAGUAUGCGGAGGCCUUGCUCGCCCAUUACAGUCAGAUGCUCGUCCGACUGUCCCAAGGGCCGCCCGAACGGUUUCGAGGAAAGAAUGAAGAGAUCGGAACGGGAAGAAGCAGAUGCCAAAGUAUGCCGAGGCCUUGCUCGCCCAUUACAGUCAGAUGCUCGUCCGACUGUCACAAGGGCCGCCCGAACGGUUUCGAGGAAAGAAUGAAGAGAUCGGAACGGGAAGAAGCAGAUGCCAAAUCCCAAGGGCCGCCCGAACGGUUUCGAGGAAAGAAUGAAGAGAUCGUAACGGAUCUUUUGCUGCUGCUCCGUCCGGAAUACCCCAUGGUUCUCAACGACGACGACCUUUUGGAGAUGAAUCUGCACCUUGACGAGCGCGACGGCCAGGUUACCGGCAUUGUCGACUGGGCCGACGCCAUCGUUUCACCCUUUGGAAUGUCUCUCCGGCGUCUCGAAACGAUUCUCGGCGUCCAGACGUCGUCGUGCUGGCACUUUCACGCCAACCAUGGCUUCCUCCGGGCUCAGUUCUGA